AUGGCUCGGGUUGUAUCAAAUCGAAUAGCGAGCGUGGGGCAGCAUUUGACCCUUUCAAGUUUCCUCGGUUCUUUCACUGAAAUCUGGGAAAAGCAAGGGCUUGAACGGGACCUGAGGAGACCAGUCCCAAUAGGCGUAUGUGUCAGUGGAGGCCCCGACUCUAUGGCAUUGGCCUACUUGCUCAACCAGAUUUCUGCAGUGCCUGGAAAGCACAACAUUGCCGUCCAACCGUUCGCUUUCAUUGUCAACCACAAUGCUCGCAAAGAGAGCACUGGGGAAGCCAAUUACGUUCAGUCACAGUUAUGUCGGCUUGGCGUCGAAAGCAGGAUCCUCGAAAUACAAUGGCCUAACACCAAUGACCCGGGGAGUACUACCGAUUUCGAGAUGACGGCUCGCCGAGCUCGCUAUCGGUUGAUUGCGGAUGCAGCCAUUCAGAAAAAUAUCAACCAUCUCUUUCUAGGACAUCAUCAAGACGACCAGGUUGAAACAAUCCUGAUGCGUCUGGUGCGGAAUGCUGGUACCUCUUUUCUUGGGUGGCAAGGCAUGUCGGAGCAUAGCAAAAUACCCUGUUGCGACGACAUUAGGGGUGCAAACGAAGCAGAGAACUACGAGAAAUUUGCGGACUGGCUGCGUCCAGGCGAAAUCCGACCAGAUGAAGAGGGAAUAAACCCCCAGCCUCUUAACCAAGGGAAAAGUGUUACACCUUCGCUACCAGGCGGGCUUCGGAUCCACCGACCGCUGUUGCCAUUUAAGAAGUCUGCAAUCCUCGACUUCUGCAAGACGAAUCGAGUUACCUAUGUCCAGGAUAAGACAAACUAUGAUCCUACGCUGACCCUCCGGAAUGCUGUGCGAUAUAUGAGGAGCCAUUAUGUAUUGCCAAAGGCCUUGCAAGCGCCCUCCAUCCUCGAGCUUCGAAAAUCCUCUCAGCGUUCAGCUGCUUCCCUUGCCAGACGAGGAGACAGGGUCCUUCGAGGACUCAGGGUACUAAACAUCGAUCUACGGUCUGGCCGCGUGACCGUACUACUAUCAUCUGCUUUUGUGUCUCUGUGCGAGGCUGAUCCCGAAGCUGGAGCUUAUGCAUUGGCGAGGCUCACAAGCGUGGUGAGUCCACAGUCGAAAGAUGACGAGCCGACACUCGUACCUCGGCAUAAUCUGAAGCAGUUCCUAGACAAGAAUCGGUCCCGGAUGCGAGAACAGAUGACAAUACGGCAGGUCUUACUCGAGAAAGCGGAUUCUAAGCCAGAUGCGAGUAAGAGUUCGGUCUCCUCUAGUUUUGAACUCAGAGGAGAGGUGAAUUUCGGCAGGAACUUGUCCGAAGAACGAGAGACUGUAUGGACGCUGUCGCGACCACCAAUGCGUUUGGCGGAGGUUGCGAUUGCAUCAAGGUCCUUCUCUCCUUGUGUGGGACCGGGCGAAGUCGAGAACAAAGGUACGGACUCAGCGGCCUGGAAGGACUUGCCUGAAGAGCACAGCCAGACGGGACUCUGGUCGGAGUGGAUGCUUUGGGACCAUCGGUACUGGAUCCGUGUACGGACGGAAGAUGCCAAAGCGCUCUCCCAGAUUCGUGUUCGCCCUUAUUCCGAGUCUGAUGUACAACGAGUGUACGAAAGACUCCCCAAGACAGGUUCAGAGCUUCAGUCAAUUCUAGCAGAAGCGGCACCUGGCAAGUUGAGGUAUACCAUUCCAGUACUAACAGAAGAGGGGCAAGUCUUGGUUUUUCCAACCUUGAACGUGACCGUGGACUGGGAGGAUUCCAUGGAUGUCAAAUCCAAGCUGACGGACCGCCCAAUCCUAGAAUGGGAAGUCUGUUACAAGGUCAUCAACCACCCAUUCAUUAGAGAGCAACGGGAAAUGAUUGAGUGGAGGAAUGCCCAGGUAAAACGGCGCACGCGAGCUGGUUCCUCCUUUAGAGAGGCGAGAAAGCAAGUCAGAAUGAGUACAGCAAAUGAGCCCCACAGGAUUGAUAGUGAAGGCUAA